AUGGCCUCCUCAUGGUCUCUCAUAGUCUCCUCACGGCCUCCUCAUGGCCUCCUCAUGGGUGGCCUGGUUUGGCCGGAGGACUCUCGUAGUGGUCUCCAUGGGGAUGAGCAGGACCUGGGGAGGACAUGUCCUCAGCUGUCUGUCCUCUUGUCCUCAGGAGGAUACGGUAUUGACUUCUCUCAGGCCUCAGAGGACGUCAGCAGUGGACUUUCCUUCGUGUCCAAGAAGAUCCUUCAGCACGGAGUGACGUCCUUCUGCCCCACGCUGGUCACGUCUCCUCCAGCAGUCUAUCACAAGGUUCUGCCUCAGGUCAAAGUUCACGAUGGAGGACGGGGAGGAGCUGGAGUUCUGGGCUUCCAUCUGGAGGGCCCGUUCAUCAGCGUGGAGAAGAAAGGAGCUCACCCGGAGAGCUUUCUGAGGACCUUCCACUCCGGAGGGAUGGAGGACCUGAUGGACGCCUAUGGCAGCCUGGACAGCGUAGCCAUGGUGACGCUGGCUCCGGAGCUGGCCGGCAGCCAAUCGGUGGUGAGGGAGCUCUGCCGGAGGGGCAUCACCGUGUCUCUAGGUCACUCUGUGGCCAACCUGUCUCAGGCGGAGGAGGCUGUUCAUCACGGAGCCUCCUUCAUCACGCACCUGUUCAACGCCAUGCUGCCUGUGAGUACUUAUACACUGUAGUAGUACUUCUACUGGACCAAGGUACUUAUACACUGUAGUAGUACUUCUACUGGACCAGGGUACUUAUACA